AUGGAUAUCAAGGAACAGCCUACGACCAUCAUCAACCCUGGAUUGGCCGACUCCCCGGAGCUUGCCAAUUCCGACAACAAUGUCGCAGACGAAAUUUGGCAAUACCCUGUAGUACCUUCGUCUUCCCCGAUGUCUACAACUCACAUCACUGGUAUGCGUGAUAUCCAUGCCUCCGUGUCUCCACUUGGUAUCUACGGCCAUAUGGCAGGUCAGAGUGGCUUGCUUGAUGAUGGCACCACUCCAGUUUCUGCAGCCGGGGAUACUGCUGCCACUAAAACGGCCGGUCCUGCAGAUGAACUAUCCCAAGAUCCACCCGCUCACCGUGGCAUAACAGUCCUGAAUGCUCCCAAUGAGGAUGACGAGGUCUCCCAAUACUGCAUGGCCCCUGAAUAUGGCAGCACACGGGACGGCCAGCUCGCCGACGACGACCUGCUGGAUCCCGGAUCACCCAAGUCCCACAUCGAGACGGCCGCUUCGGACUCUGCCAUCCAUGCCUCUCCGGAUCCCGAACCUGCUAGCUCGUCCUUGAAGAGCCAACAGUCAAAGAAACGAAGGAAGGUAACUGUCGAUCUUGACAGCCUACCGAAUCUCGAGGACGAAUUGAAUGAUGCUGAGAUCGCAAGUCUCUGCUCUCAGCCCCCAAGAAUCCGUCAGCGCUAUACAAACUAUUUCGCAAGCCAUGGGGUCAUCCGCGCGGCAUACUAUAAAAUCCUAUUCCAGCGACAUCCUAACGGUGAGUUGCGGCUCCCGGAGGAGGUUCUCAGGUCCUGUUCACCCAAGUGGAGGGAACGUCUGGAGGCAUACGAAGCUGCAGAAUCUAGUCACGCAGGCGUGGGUCACAGCCGCAAGCGAAAGGGGACAAUGGCCGCCGCUAAACCCAGUGCUGAUGACGACACUGAUUCUCAUAAGCCUUCUCUCAAGAAGGCCAAAAAGACUACGCCCUCAAAGAGCGAAGACUUACAGGUAGAUCAGCCAAUCUCUGAGACUAGUCCACCAUCACGUCCCGUUCCGACUCUUCGGUUUCGUCCAGUCAUUAGUUGCCGUACAGCCGUAUCUAUGGGCCGCCCACCUGGGAUUCAUUCGUCUCAAACUACAACUGUCUCUGAUGCAGGUUAUCCGGAGAAUGUUCCCGUUGACUGCUUGAAACAUCCUGUCAAUUCAACUUUUGAUCACCGUCACGAUGUUACUAGUGACUCCACACAAGUGCAGCAGGCGUAUCCAGAUGUCCGGGAGAUAAACAGCCAUAGACCUUGCCUUGACAAUCGUCCCGCUCAAUCUACAAGUGUGUUCAACCUUGGAAGGUCUCAGCUACUGGAUCCGAACUACCUGGCCCAGUUCGCUCAGAACCUUACAGGUGAAAUCCAGCAGCUGGACCUUGAUGUCGUCACAAUUGCACGCUCUUUGCACGACGAGGGACCCUAUUGGCGCUUCCGGAAUCUCCGUGAUACCCUGCUAUAUCUGCGUGACCAGUGCGUAGAUAUUGAGACUAAGCUGCGAAGACAUUUGGCCACGAAGGAGGAACACUGA